AUGGGCAGCGGACUUUUAAUCCUUAUUGAAGAAAAAGAAGAAGAUUCUUUGUUCCCGCACACGUUAUCUACCGGGAUACCGAAACCAGCAGUCAGCAGCAUCGCAGUACGUAAUCUACGUGUUCAGCACCGCCUGUCUGCCUAUGAACAUCGGUCAUCCAAUCUACACAAUCAAGAUCUCCAGCGCACGACGCAGUCAGCAGCACAGCAGCACGUGAACGACGUGUUCAGCACCGCCUGUCUGCCUACUAAGCUGAGAUUAACUUCCACGCGAUCAAGAUCUACUGAGCCAGCGGCCAGCAGUCAGCAGCAUUUCAGUACAGAAACACCGUGCUCAGCACCGCCUGUCUGCCUAUCAAACUCGAACACGCUGCCUUCAUACCGGCACGCGUGCGACAAGCAUCCUGCGCAAGCGUUGCAUUUAAGACUGACGACAGCUGAUUGU